GGAUGCGCGCUGCGCAGUAGCGCGCGCGCGAUCGGAGCGCGAAGUUCGCGGAGUAUACGCGGUGUCGAGUAAAGUAAGCAACGGAGAGUCCUCUCGAGUCUCGCGUGCAUAGUCGCGUAUAAUCGCGAGGCUCCGAUGAUCGCUGUCACGAUCAGCUGUGCCGCUCAGUACGCGCUGCGCUCGACGAAUCACGCCGGUGCUAGAGAUGCGCGAGGUCUGCUGAAGGACGUCGCGCUUGCCCAAUUAACGUGUUACGACAAUAACAACAAUAGCAGCAGGCGCCUUGCGCUGUAACAAGGAUGGUGGAGCCUCUCUUCGACUAUCAGUUUCGGCUGAUACUGAUCGGCGACAGUACGGUCGGCAAGAGUUCCCUCCUGAAAUACUUCACGGAUGGCAAAUUCGCGGAGCUUUCAGAUCCAACAGUUGGCGUAGACUUUUUCGCACGUUUAAUAGAAGUUAAGGAUGGAACAAGAAUAAAAUUACAAUUGUGGGAUACAGCUGGUCAAGAGAGAUUUAGGUCAAUUACAAAAUCCUACUACAGAAAUUCUGUAGGAGCCCUUCUCAUAUACGAUGUAUGUAAUAGAGCAAGUUUCGAGCAUAUUCCUCAAUGGAUGAUGGAGGCCCGCAGACAUAUCGAGCCACAUCGUCCUGUAUUUGCUUUGGUAGGCUGUAAGUUGGAUCUAGUAACUAAUGGUGGUAGACGGGAAGUCUCAAAGGAAGAAGCUAGAGCGUUUGCCGAUGAGCAUGGUGUACAUCAUAUUGAGACCAGUGCAAAGACUGGUAUAAAUGUCGAAGAGGCAUUUCGAGCGGUUACGCAGGAAGUUUAUAAUAGGAUACAAACUGGCGAAUACAAAGUAGAAGAUGGUUGGGAUGGCAUCAAAACUGGAUUUGCUAGACCUGGUGGUUUAGAUUUUAACCUAGUCGAGGCAGAACCGGCAAAAACUUCGUGUUGUUAAGUUGCUAUUUUGAUUUAUCGAGGUAAGAAAGAAAAAAAGAAUUCAGAGAAUGCAGAUGGGAUAGUUAUUUCAGGGAAAAAUACAUUAAAUCUGUAAUUUAAUGAAUUUAUAAGCAUGUUGUUAUUUACCUGUAUGUGUUACAUUCAGACUGUAAAGUUAUUUAUUGCAUUAUUAUAUAACAGAUUGUUUCUAUAUAUUUGUGUAUUACUUUAACAUUUUAUUAAAUAGCAACAUAUAGGCACAAUUCUUUUUAUUCAUGUGACAAAUAACUUUCUACUGCAUUCUUUUAUUUAAGGAAAAGAUAAACAAUUAUUAUUGAAAAUUACACAUACAUAUAAUUUUUGUAUAUAUAAUUUGCAUAAAUCAUCAGAUGACUAAUAAAAUUCAUACAAUUACCUAGAAUAAUUAAAUAUUUACAGGGAAAAUAAAUGAAGAUUUAUAUAUAUAUUUCCUCAAAAUAUAAACAUUCUAAAAAUUAAUGAUUCUUUAUGGAUUAUGAAUGACUGAUAAUGAGAAAAACACCACUUAUGUAUACAUUUAAUCUUUGAAUGGUAUGCAUAUCUUACUCAUUACUCGAAACUGUUGUGCCAAGUUUGUAUGAUUAAAUUAGGCAUAUGGAAAUAAUAGCAAUUUGAAG